CGGAGCACAGCGGAGCGUGACGAUGCCGUCUUGGAGCGCGAGGAGCGCGAGCAGCCUGGCCGCGUGCGUGUGGAUUAUUACGGCGGCGCUGUGGGGCGCGAGCGCGGGGAGGCGCGAGGACGCGGCGAUGGCGGGCAGCGUGAACCGCGCGCGCUGCGCCUCGCGCUGCCUCAGCCUGCACAUCACCCGCAUUUCGGCGUUUUUUAAACAUUUCCAGGGCAAUGGAUCCUUGGUGUGGUGUCAGAAUCACAAGCAGUGCUCUAAGUGUCUGGAACCCUGCAAGGCAUCAUGGGACCUGAAGGAGAACCAGUGUCAAGACCUGUGUGAGACUCUGUUUCCGAAGAAACAUUACGAGUGCCUGACGAGUUGUGAGUUUUUGCGCAGUGUGGAGGCGGUGAAGCAGGGCGACUGUCCGGCUCCAGACCGGGCCAGCGGAUUUGCCGCUGCUUGUGUGGAGAGCUGCGAGGAGGACGCAGAAUGCCCCACCCACAGGAAGUGCUGCCCUAAUGGCUGUGGACACACCUGCCAGGUGCCCAGGAACCUCUAUAAAGGAGCUCCGCUGAAGCCCAGGAAGGAGCUGGUGUUCCUGGAGCAGCCAUCGGGUCAGCUAGAGGUUCGCUGGUCCUCAAAGUUCAACAUCUCGGUGGAGCCGGUGGUUUACGUGGUGCAGCGGCGCUGGAACCACGGCAUCCACCCCAGCGAGGAUGACGCCACCCCAUGGCAGGACAUGGCACAGGUGGCGGAGGAGCGCGUCCAGUUGGUGGACAUCAGGCCCAGCAGGUGGUACCAGUUCCGUGUGGCGGCAGUAAACGUCCACGGCACCCGCGGCUUCACUGCCCCCAGCAAGCACUUCCGCUCGUCCAGAGACCCGUCCCCUCCUCCGUGUCCCUCUGGUCUGAGGGUGACCAAUGUGUCGGUGGGGGCUGAUGGCCUGCUGACUGCUCGGCUAGACUGGACACUGUCUGAAGAGUCUGAUGUCCCUGUCCAUCACUUCAAAGUGUUCUGGAGCUGGACGGUUCCUGGAAAAGCAAUGGUGCCCACCAAGAAGAAAAGGAGAAAGACCACCAGUGGGGCUAAAAGUUCAGUGGAUUUAGAGGGUCUGGUGGGGAACAACUCGUACACCGUGGAGCUGCAGGCCGUGGCGUAUUGGGGUCAGGUGCGACUGAAGAGCCCCAAAGCCUCCCUGCAGUUCAGCACCGCGCUGGACACCCACUCAAAAUCGCUGACCAAGCUGAAGAAGGAGGAGUUUUCCGCGGGGAAGCGACCCGCGAGCACGCUGGAGGUGGGCACACCGUUCUACCAGGAUGGACAACUGCAGGUCCGCGUUUACUGGAAGAAGAGAGGAGAUCCUGCUGCGAGCCGCCAUCACGUCCAGUGGGCGCCCGAGCACUGCAACCACAACGAGACGAAACCGCCGGAGAAAUCCGUCACACAGGAGAACUACAUCAACCUGCCUGGCCUGCUCUUCUCCUGCAAGUACAGAGUGAGUGUUUACACUCUAAAGAACAAGCGACGCUCUGAGGACGACAGCACCGUGUUCAUCACCCCGUCCUGCACCACACUGCGGAGCAAAACCCACAAACCAAUCACCUGUCCGGGCGAGGGAGGAGCCCCAAAAGUCCUGGCGAAACCAGAGAAUCUGACGGCGUCCUUCAGCACCCACGAGGGAAACGUCACUGGAAGCUUUCACUGGAGAGUGUCCCGCCCACAGCCGCAGCAGCCAAUCACAGGCUUCCAGGUCACAUGGGCGGAAGUUACCACAGCAAGUCGACAGAACAGCCUCCCCAACAGCAUCAUCUCCCAGUCCCAGAUAUUACCUCCGGACCAUAACUUCCUGGUUGUGUCCAACCUCAGACCAGCUACUUCCUACAGGCUGGAGGUUCAGGUCAUCACCACAGUGGGGGAGGGGCCGGCCACCAUGAAGACGUUUCAGACGCCCACCAUUUUCUCAGCCCUGCACAAGCCCAAACUCCGUCAGCACCCUCAGCAUCAGAAACCCUCGGCAAGAAAGCACUGAGAUGGUCCACUUCAACUUGGCAAUCCUCGGGGUCCAAGCACUCAGCACUCGCGACCUUCUGGACGACUUCUGGCAGAGCUGCUUCUUCGUUCAGAGCUCCGUGAUUUUAUUUGGGUUUGGAAUGUGCUCACUCUGGACUACUCAUGCAGAAAGCAUUCUCUUUAAAACGCUUUCCUCCUCUCAAGCCACGUUAACACAUGGAGGUCAAGGUUGAGGGUCUGCGUUCCCCUCCCCACCCCAUCCCCCACUUCGAAUAGUUGAAUGUAUCUUCAGAGCUACAGAUUCUGACGAAAGGAACGCUGCGUUUGGAAUUCAGCUGCGUGAUUUUCUCGCCCAGGAAUGACGGCAGACGGUACUGAGGCCUGGCGAGGUUCAGCUGGUGGGAAGAGGCUGAUCUGCUUUGUAAAUUGAGUUACGUUAGCGUUAAAAGUGCAUGUCAAACCUUUAUUGUUCAGUAGGCAUGAAAAUAAUCCGUGUUACCUCUUUGUGAAUAUGUUAGCAAUAUUCCCUUAACAGAUUAACAGAGACUUAUAUGAGGAGUAAUAUUCCAUAUUGUUAUUAUUAAUGACCUUAUAGCUUCUUGUGUGGAACUUUUUUUGAUGAUGAAACUGUAUAUGUUCUUGGCUGUAGAGAUAUUUGUUGUGAAACAGUCAUUGAAUGCCAAUAUUUAUUUAUGUGUGUAUUUCAAGUUUUGAUUUAUGUGUAUUUGAGUGUGUGUAUGUGUGUGUGUUCUAGCUUAGCUUUGUUUUGUUUUUUUGGAACUGACAGCUUCUUGUAAAGACGUUUUGUAAAAAAUGAAAUUGUAAAUAUAGUCCUAUGUUAUGUUAUUUUUCAGUGGUUAGACUCUGUACAUACUGUUCAGUAAUAAAAUAAUCCCCCCGGUUCCUUUAA